ACGAGGGCUGUUUCUCAGAUGAAUGAACAAGACCAAGAGUCCCAAAUAAAUGUAGAGUCCAACUUUACCGAAACACCUCCAAGGGACAGUCCUCAAGAUUUACCAGUUGACAACUCAGAGGAAGAGUUGUCGGAGAACACGACUACCCCUCAACUAAGACCAGAGGACACUGACAACACCAUUCAGCAACCAGAGAUUGUUGAAAUCAGGAACGUUGGAGCUGAACAAGCAGAAGUAAUCCAAUCUUGGGAUACGGCAGUUGACAAACUUCUAAUACUGUCAACAAAGAUGGAAAGGGCGGCAGACGCCAUGUCCAGUGCAACAGAAAAGAUUCCGGAGUUUGUUCAGGCUGCCAACCUCAUGACCAAAGCUCUCAAUCUAGUAUCCACUAAGAUUGACAGCUUGACACGUGCCACAGAAUCCAUCCAGGACUCUCAGAGAGCCCAUAGAAACUCAGAAGUACCACCUUUAUUUAACUUUACCAUUAACGAUCAGAGGUUUUAA